AUGAUCCUCAAUCUUCCAAGGGAUUUGAUAGAUGAAAUUUUUUCUAGGGUUCCCAUGGAAUCUAUAAAAGCAGUGCGUUUAACUUGCAAAAGUUGGAACAGUUUAUCCAAAAGCGAGAGCUUUGCCAAGAUGCACAUUAGUAAAUUAACAAGAGAAGGGGAGACUAUGAUGAUCGUGAUGAAGCCUCACAAUAUUUAUUUAAAGAGCGGCGUGGUUGACGUUGAUCCAUGUAUAGAGCUCAAAGGUAAACUUAGUUUCCUUAACAAUCAAGUCAGUAUAUCCCGAAUUCACCACUAUGAGGGUUUGUUGUUAUGCUUAUUGAAAGACGUUACUAGGAUUGUGGUUUGGAAUCCGUAUUGGGGCCAGACAAGGUGGAUCAAACUCAGAUAUUCUCACCUUCCAAAAGUAUAUUUCAAUUAUACUCUCGGAUACGAGGGUAAGGAAUCUUGUCGUAGCCUUAAAUUGUUGAGAUUUGUAGAUUUUUUUCACAUUACCCCGGAAGAGCAACUUUUUUGGUAUGAAAUAUACAAUUUUGAUUCUGGAUUAUGGACAACUCUUGAAGUCGCUCCACACUGGAAAAUAUAUUGUUCAGACCGUAGCGUCUCUCUUAAGGGAAACAGUUAUUGGAGUGCAGAAGAAAGAAGCUCAGAAAGUUGCAUGGAUCAUAUAAUCUGUUUUGAUUUUACAAGAGAGAAAUUUGGGCCGCUUUUGCCUCUGCCAUCUUGCGUUAGGGAUCGUAAAUAUGUAUAUGUGAAUUUAUCUUGUGUUAAAGAAGAGAAGAUUGCAGCUUUAUUUCAGCACAGCUAUGAUUAUGAGUUUGAAAUAUGGAUUACAGCUAAGAUCCAGACCGAAAUGGUGUCCUGGAGCAUGUUCUUGAGAAUUGAUACGAAGCUUAGGAUAUAUUUUCCAGACUGUUUCUUCAUUGACGAGGUGAAUAAAGUCUUCAUGUGUGUUGGUAGAGCCUAUGGCUAUGACUCUGAGUCUGAAGAAGGUCCCGCAACAUUUAUUAAGAUCAUUGGAGAGGCUGGAUACUUAACAACUUUGGAUCUCGGAAUACUUUUUCUUGGAAGUGAGGCUAAUGGUGAUUACACUUGUUAUCUGCAAGAGCAGAACAAUGAGAGGGGUCGAGCCAUAUGGGACUUCUUGCGUUGUGAAGCCUAUCUUACUUGA